AGGUUUCAUUUUUAUUUAAUUUUCAUCAUUAAAAAAUCACAUCAUCAUCAUCGUCGGGUCGGAGUCGGAAACAUGUACGGCGGACCUUCUUCCAAACUGGGCCGCGGCGGCGGUCCAAAACGUCUCCACAACUCAUUCCCUCCUCCACCGCCUCACCGUCCACCUUCCUCCGCCAAUUCUCGUCUCUCCCUCGGUGGCUCCGCCAAGAAAACGCCACCGGCGGUGGAGGAAACAUUCAACCUUGUCUCUGGAACCAAUCCCCUCGCAUUUUCUAUGAUCAUUAGGCUUGCGCCUGACCUUAUUGAAGAGAUCAAGCGCGUGGAAGCACAGGGUGGUACUCCCCGUAUGAAAUUUGAUCCUAACCCGAAUAAUCCUAAUGGAAAUAUUAUCGACGUUGGUGGGAAGGAGUUCAGAUUUACAUGGUCGAGGGAUGGUGAUCUAUGUGAUAUUUAUGAACAGCGCCAAAGUGGUGUAGAUGGAAAUGGUUUGCUUGUUGAAUCUGGGUGUGCCUGGCGCAAAGUGAAUGUACAACGUAUCUUGGACGAGUCAACUAAGAAUCGCGUCAAAAUGCGGUCAGAGGAAGCUGAACACAAGCUCAAGUCACGCAAAGCCAUUGUCUUGGAGCCUGGGAAUCCGUCCACGAAGAGCCAGAUGAAGGCAGUGGCAGCUGUGGAGGCUACGUCAUGGAAGGCUAAAUUUGCAAAGAGAGAAGCUGCACUUAAUAAUAAGAAAAGGAAAGUGGAGACUCUUCAAGUUGGAGGCCCCCAAAAACCUCUCAGACCUGGAUUGAAGUCAACAACCACUACUACCAAGGGCAAACGUUCUUCUCCUCUACCAUCUUCACCUGAUCAUUUUGCUCCUUCUUCCUCUCCACUGGGAGCUGUAAACAUCUCUAAAAGCCUUGAUGAUGCUGUGCCAUCAGAAAUGACAGACAAGCAGGAUACCAAUGUUGUCUCUGAGAAAGAAAUCCCUACCAGGGAAAGCAAUGCUAUGAGGAACAAACCAGGAGGCAAAGGAAAUAAUGGAUCUAAACCAUCAGAUUUGCAGAGCUUCUUAAUUUCUCUCCUAAAAGAUAAACCUAACGGAAUGUCUCAUAAGGCCUUGGAGAAAUCAGUCAUUGAAUCACUUCCAAGUUCCAUAAAGGAUUUUGUGCCGAUUAUAAAAAGAAUUGCAACAUUCCAGCCCCCUGGAAGGUAUAUUUUAAAGCCAGCGGUAGAUUCGGAAAGCUUCAAGAAACCUCAGACUGAAAGUGGAAGUUCACCUGAAGAAAAUCAUAACCAAAUACCUGCCCAUGAAGAGUUUCAUAAUCAGACAUCAGUUCCACUGGGAGGUUUUGAAGACAAACUUCCAAACGACGAUUUGGAGGAAACAGUGCAAGUAGAAUCCAAAGUGGAAGAAGCAUCAAACACAUUGGAAAAAAUUGACACGCAACAUGUUUCACCUGAUAUAUUUGGUGACCGAAAAGGUUCUGAUUAUAGUGAAGGUAGGGCAGGCAGCUCCAGUGCUAGUGGAAGUGAUAGUGAUAGUGAAAGCAACAGUAGCGACAGUGGAAGCGACAGUGGAAGCCAUAGUAGGAGCAGAAGUAGAAGUCCUGCUGGAUCAGGAAGUGGGAGUAGUAGCGACAGUGAAAGCGAUGCGUCUUCCAGCAGCAAGGAGGCAUUGGAGGGUUCUGAUGAGGAUGUAGAUAUUAUGAGUGAUGAUGAAAAAGAACCAAAGAAUAAAGCAGAAGCUUUUGAUCAAAGGAUCUCCAUUCCUGUAAAAUCUCCUGAUGGAAGAUCUAUGCAGAUUGAGAUUAAUGAGAAGCAGGAUGGUAAUGAAUCUGAUGCAGUUGAUAUUGAAAAAGACUCACCUGCGGAACAGGAAGCUAAUAUGGGGCUAACUACAGAUACCAUUUCCAAUAAAGUUGGAAAGUAUGCAGAAGAUACGAAGCCUUCUUCACCUGAUUAUCAACAGCUCCAGGAGCGCAAAAAUUAUAUAGGGAGUUUGUUUGAUGAAAGGGAAAGUGAAGUCACAGAUAGCUCUAGAAACGAACGGUCUGAUAGGCUAUCUAAAGGUAAACAUAAGAGGGGUUCUGAAUUGAGGAAUAUUGAUGAGAAAUCUGAAGGUACAAAGAGGUUGAAAGCAGGAAACUUGACUCGUGAAUCAUAUCCUCCAGGUACAGAUGUACAAAUGUUUGGGAACUCUAGAAAUUUUUCUCCAUUUGAAUUUACUGAAGACACUGGCAAGGGCCCCAAUACACAAGUGGGGAAUAGAGCUGACAGACAAGGAAACUCCGAUCUUGGUUUCCAGAAAGGAUUUAAUCGAGCAUUGCCUGGAAAAUCUAGUUCAGAUUUACCACAAACAGGUCAAAGGUCCUUUGACCAAAGCCCUCUAGGAAAUCCUUCCUAUCCAUUAGAAAAAUCAAAUAAACUUGAAGGUAGAAGGCAUAGCAGGAAACACUCUGGAAAGGACUUCCGUGCACGUGAAGUUUCUUAUGCACAGGAAAAUAAAUCUCAUAGAGAUGGUCAAAAUGAAGAUAUUUAUGCCACCGAGAAAAAAGUCCCCAGGAAUUCCAGGGAUGGUAGUAUUGGAAGUAAGCAAUCACUAUUAUCCAUGGAUUCUAAUUACCAAAAACAAGGUGAAAUGGUUGGUAAGUUAAAGGAAGGCCAACAAAGUACGCAGUCACAUUUGGGAACAUCACCUAAGGAUAACAACAGAACUGGUCUUAACAAAUCCCCUGCUGUUAAUGGGCAAGGCAUCUCGCUUCAAAGAGAGCUUUCAGACUUGGAGUUGGGAGAACUUCGCGAGUCCACUCCAGAUGAAACCAUUGCUGCAAAGCAAUUUGAACGAAAAGGUUCGUUUAAACAUAUGGAAAACAAAGCAAACACUUCAGAGGAUGUGAAUUCAAACAUCAAUAAAGUAAAACCUUCAUCGAAAGCAACUUUAGAUUCUGGAAGGCCAUCCUCGGUGUUAAGUUCAGGUUUUCCUAGCAAUUUGGAAGUCACAAAUAAAAAGAAUGCUGAUUAUCAUUUUGAAGAUUCAACAAAGUCUCGUUCUAGAGUUAUGCAGACUCAUUCCCAGCAUUUGAAAGCAGAUAAUGUGGACGUUGGAUCUCAAAACAAAUUGACAGAAAUGAGUACCAAAUUUAGAAAUAGUGAAUCUGGGAUGAACCAUGAUAUUGAUUUGGAUGGUCGCAGUGAAAGCAAUAGAAGAGUGCCUGCAAAUGGGUCUAAGCAAGAGGCAAAACGUGGAAUGGUUUCUUACCCUGUGAAAGAAAGUAAAAGACAAACACCUAAUUCACGUGAAGAGGUGCCUGAUGGAAGAAAGGAUUCAGUAUUUGCAGAUAGAAAUAAUGGUGACCAAAAGAAGAGAGAAUCCUCCUCAGAUGAAAAUAGUUGCUCUUAUUCGAAGUUUGAAAAGGAGGAACCUGAAUUAAAGGGACCUAUAACGACUUUCUCCCAAUAUAAAGAAUAUGUGCAGGAUUACCAGGAUAAAUACGAGAGUUACCUCUCUCUGAACAAGAUUUUGGAGAAUUACAGGGUUGAGUUUCAGAAACUAGGUGAUGAUUUAGAAUAUGCUAAAAGCAAGGGGGAUAUGGAUAGAUACGCCGACAUUGCAGCACAAGUUAAGGAAUCCUAUAGGCGAUGUGGAGCGAAACACAAGAGACUGAAGAAAAUAUUUAUUGUGCUUCACGAAGAACUGGUGAAUACCAAGCAAAUGAUCAGAGACUUUGUUCAGUCCAAUAAAGACUGAAAAUACAAGAGUACCAUUUACAUAAAAUUGAAACAUGCUCAUCAAAGCUUUAGAACUUUUGGGUGAUACAUGAAGUACAUUUCAUAGAUGAAUUAUUGUGCAGAUUUGUAUGCGCACUAGCUUUUAGUAUAAAUUUUGGUAGAGCCGUAUAUUGUACAUAAAUAAAAUGUAUUUAUUCUUAUGCAUAGGUAUGACAUUUUUAUGGCUUAGCCAGACCAUUUUUUCAAAUUCCGGAUAAAUGUUGUAUUGUUCUUCUUGUCAAACAAGUUUAGUUUGCUUCAGUCUCCACAUUUCUGGAGAAAAUUGAGACUUACAUUUCAACAUCGUUGAACUUAUGCUUGGCCACAUGGUCAUUAUAAGAAAAUUGCUGCCAAAUAAAGCAAGGAAUUAUUAUAAA